AUGACGACAACUGCAUCAACGACGACGGUCCAGCAACCACACACCCAGAUGCUCGACCCCGCCUCGUUCAACAUCUCAGAGGGCGUCCAUUCUCCCCUCCCACCAUCACAGAUCAGCCAUUACUCGACACUUGCUGGAGCACUGGGAGGGCAGAACGUAUCACAGGCGUUGCAGAAUCAGUCUUCGAACCAGAAGUCAUCACCAGCUCCCAGUCCAAAGACCAAGCCAAAGCAGACGCGGCAGAAACCAAACCCAAAGCGAACCAAAUCAUCAUCAUGAGGCCCUUUUCGUUAGUUUAGAUACCUGCUUUGCCUAGCAGUCGGAGCCUCUUGGUGCGGCGGGCGAUGUGCGCUCUGCUCUUGCUUUUACCUUGCGAUUUGCGCCCCCCGCGGAUUGGCAGAGCCAACCGUGGAUCCUCUUACCUUAUUUACCCGUCAUUUACCCUAUCCUUGGCCUAUCCCGUAUCGUUUGAAGACGGCCGUCCUGCAGUUUCCACGUGCGUCGUUGAUUGUGGAGAGUAAUAAUGAUGCAUUGUAUUGUUUUGGUACUUGUUGGUGUCUCUGGAAUGG